AUGGCGAACGACCACACGGAGGCAGCUCCCGCGGGGGGCGCCAACACACCGCCACUGCUGGACCUGACCAUCGACAACAUCACGCCCAACACGAUCCGCAUCAACUCGCAGAGCAGCAACGCUCGCUUGACGUACCUGAUGGCGCGGCUUGUGACGCACCUGCACGACUUUGCCCGCGAGACGCGGCUGAGCACCGACGAGUGGAUGGCGGCCAUCGAGUUUCUCAUUGGGUGCGGCAAAAUCUGCACCGACGUGCGGAAUGAAUUUAUCCUCCUCUCCGAUGUGCUCGGCCUCUCCCUGCUAGUCGACAAUAUCAAUCACCCGAAACCACCCGGCAGCACCGAAGGGUCCGUCCUGGGCCCUUUCCACACGCAUGACGCGCCGACGCUCCCCAACGGCGCGAGCAUGACGUCCGAUCCGGAAGGCGAGCCGAUGCUGGCGGUAUGCACCGUCAAGGACACGCAGGGCCGCCCGAUCCCGGGCGUCACCAUCGACAUCUGGGAGACGGACAGCUCGGGCCAUUACGACGUGCAGCACGCGGACCGCGACGCGCCCAGCGAGCGGUGCGUCAUGGUCAGCGACGACCAGGGCCAGUUCUGGUUUCGGGGCCUGAAACCCGUCAGCUAUCCCAUCCCGCACGACGGGCCCGUCGGCAAACUGCUGCAGAUGCUGAACCGGCAUUGCUGGCGGCCGGCCCACGUGCACUUCAUGUUUGGAAAGGAGGGAUGGGAUAGGUUGAUCACCGCGCUGUAUAUCCGGGGCGACCCGUACGAGACGUCCGACGCUGUGUUUGGCGUCAAGAAGAGCUUGGUGGUUGACCUCGGCAACGUCGACAAGGAGAUGGCCAAGAAGUAUGGGGUGGAAGAGGGGACUUGGCUGCUGAAGCACGACUUCGUGCUGACGACGCAGGAGGAGACGGAGAAGCUCCGGGACCAGCUGGCCACCGAGGCGCUGCAGAAGUUGGGGCUAAGCCUGAAGUUGGUGGACCAUCUUCCUGUGCCUGAUUUAGACUGA